GGGAAGCACUAGAGACGUUUAAUCAUGAUUCUUAUUUGUUUAAAUCAUGGAGUUCUGGUUAACCAAGGGAAGCACUUUCAACUGUCCUCAGUCCUUCUCGGUGGCAUGAGCCGAGGCAGUGUCUGCACUGGAGUGACACGGUACAGCUGUCCUAGCCCUAGCUCUCCUGGAGAGGGCUACUCGUCCUAUGGUGAUUUAAACACUUGCAGGACUGCAGCACGAUCACCAAUGAAAACAAAUGCUUUAUUCACGUCCUCAAAUUCGAAUACAAGUCAUCUUGCAGCAGCAGCGCUCUCAGCAGUGACACUUCUAUGUAAGCUGUACUCCAGAGCAGCCGGUGUGCUUAUGCUAUCGGCCUAACAGGUGCUUUAGCAUCCCCCACGCGCCGUGGCUCCCCUCGCUGCAGCCCUGCCCGGCCCCGGCGGGGUCCGGCAGUCCGCCGGCCGGGCCCUGGCCUGCACACGCUCAGCCCGCCGCCCUGGGCAGGACCUCGCAGUGCUUCCAGACGCACAGAGCAUCGAGCGAGCCGCGGGAUGAGCGGGGAAGGGCGAUGGGCAGAGCUGCCGCCAGCCGGCAGGCAGGUAGCGGUGCUACGGCAGUUGUCCAGGCAGCGCUCUGCAAACCCAGGCAAGAACGUGUAGCAAUAAAGAGGAUCAACUUAGAAAAAUGCCAAACCAGUAUGGAUGAAUUACUUAAAGAAAUUCAAGCAAUGAGUCAGUGCAAUCACCCUAAUGUGGUGACCUAUUACACAUCUUUUGUGGUGAAGGAUGAACUUUGGCUGGUUAUGAAGCUAUUAAGUGGGGGUUCAAUGCUUGAUAUAAUAAAGUAUAUUGUCAACAGAGGAGAGCACAAAAAUGGUGUGCUUGAAGAACCCAUAAUAGCAACAAUUCUUAAAGAAGUUUUGGAGGGCUUAGACUAUCUGCACAGGAAUGGGCAAAUUCACAGAGAUUUGAAGGCUGGCAACAUUCUUCUGGGUGAGGAUGGCUCUGUACAAAUAGCAGAUUUUGGUGUUAGUGCAUUUUUAGCGACUGGAGGUGAUGUUACUCGUAACAAAGUAAGGAAAACAUUUGUUGGUACUCCCUGUUGGAUGGCCCCUGAAGUAAUGGAGCAGGUGCGAGGUUAUGACUUCAAGGCCGAUAUGUGGAGUUUUGGGAUAACAGCCAUUGAGUUAGCAACAGGAGCAGCACCUUAUCACAAAUACCCUCCUAUGAAAGUGUUAAUGUUAACGCUACAAAAUGACCCUCCCACUUUAGAGACAGGUGUAGAGGACAAGGAGAUGAUGAAAAAGUAUGGCAAAUCCUUUAGAAAGCUAAUCUCAUUAUGCCUUCAAAAAGAUCCUUCCAAAAGGCCCACAGCAGCAGAACUUUUAAAAUGCAAAUUUUUCCAGAAAGCCAAGAAUAGAGAAUACCUGAUUGAAAAGCUUCUCACUAGAACACCUAAUAUAGCACAAAGAGCAAAAAAGGUCAGACGAGUGCCAGGUUCCAGUGGUCACCUCCAUAAAACAGAAGAUGGGGACUGGGAAUGGAGUGAUGAUGAAAUGGAUGAGAAGAGUGAGGAAGGCAAAGCUGCUAUUUCUCAGGAAAAGUCACGAAGGCUUAAAGAGGAGGAGAAUGCAGAGACUCAGCCUGCUGUUAGUGAGGAGUACAGUGAAGUUCCAUGUGCAGUGAAUCUUGUCUUAAGAUUAAGGAACUCCAGGAAAGAACUUAAUGACAUACGGUUUGAGUUUACUCCAGGCAGAGACACAGCAGAUGGCGUUUCUCAGGAGCUGUUCUCUGCAGGCCUGGUUGAUGGCCAUGAUGUAGUUAUAGUUGCUGCUAACUUACAGAAGAUAGUAGAUGACCCAAAGGCCUUGAAAACAUUGACUUUUAAGUUGGCCUCUGGCUGUGAUGGCACUGAGAUUCCUGAUGAAGUGAAACUCAUUGGUUUUGCUCAGUUAAGUGUCAGCUGAUCUCUGUCCCUUGACCCCAAGCCGAAUUGUGAGAUUGCGAAAAAGCCAGCUUAGAUGCAAAGGAAAAUUAAUGCACCACACACUGAGUUCUGCUUCAUUAUCUAGCAAUUCACAAGGUCAGAACAAGCAAAGCCCACAGCUACACCGCUGCUGUUAACGUUCAAAAUGCUCCUAAAUGUCUCUUAGCAGUUGAUUUGGAUUCCCCUAAGUGAAAAGCCUGUGGAAAUGCACUCAGGUGGCUGUAUUUAUUGGUUACAAAAGGAAUUUUCUAUCAAGCUUACUUCUUUCAUAGACUUUAAGAUACUAUUUUACCUGUACUUGUUGUCAAUAAUACUGCCUCUGUUCUGUUACAUUUAGAAAUUAACAUACAUCUAAAAGUUUAGAAAUAUUAGCCAAACUUGAAUUCUAGUUUUAAAAAUGACUGUGAAUUUAUUUUUCAUAUAUUUAUGCAUUACACAUACUAGUAAUAAGAAAAUUAUUUGACUUGAUUAUGUGCUAUUUGCAGUUAAUCUCCCACUAUUUAAAAAAGUUUCAGGUAUGUCUUUGAAGUAUUUAGUAACAUCUAGGGGUUUUUUGAAAUAAUUUGAUUCAGCAUUAGCAAGCUUUUGCUGGUUGUGUGUCAGAAAACAGUCCACAAACUGAUCAUCAAGGGAGUGGGAGGUGCCUUGCAGAUAUUAUUGUUUUAAGAAUGUGCCUGAGGCUGCUUAUAUAAAUAAUCUCCAUUUUCUAGAAGUACCAUACAUAUGGUACAAUAUAUAAAAAUAUAUAUAGUUAUCUGAGCAAGGAGGGGAUGUACAGUAGCGAAGAUGUUAGAGUAUUUUGACUAUGCUUUAUUGGGGAGUCUAUCAGCUAGAGCUACUGUGACCUGUUGUUAAGGUAGAGCACUUACUGUGUCCAUCUCUGAUCUGACUUACCCUUAAUGAUAGAAACCGGUUUCAUACAGGUGAAUAAAACUUGAAGAAUGGAACUGAAGCUUUAUUUGAAGUUCUGCAAAAUACCAAGGUGGAGUGAAAAUAAUAGGGCUUUGUGCAAUGAUCAAGUAAAACUCUGUUACAAAGAAAACACUUCGACCCAAGUAGUCCUCUGCUUAACCUGUGACAUAGAUGUUGUGGAGCUAGGGAACCUUAGAAAGACUUCUACAAUUGGAGAUUUAUUUCUCAGAGGUUACACUUUAAACUACUUCCUAGUUAAUCCUAGAUAAGUGGCAGCUCUUUAAUGUACUGAAAAUGGCAAAUAUAUAUUGUUAAGAGAAGUUAUUUAUAAUGCCUUGUCAUAAUCGUUGAGGUGUUCUAGAACUAUUUGCAUACAACUCAAUGUAAUCCCAUCCCAUCCUACUGUUUACAUGAUGAUUACUCCAAGAUGACUGCAAAGGUUAAAAAAAUAAAAUUAAAAUAAAGAUGUAUUGCACAAACUGA